UAGUUCGUUACUAUAACACCCGAAAAAACUUGCGGAAUCAAUUCAAAGUGAAAAAUUCCGUCACACAAGGCAGACGUCCUUUUUUGUCAAGCGAAGUAAAUUUGAAUAAAAAAAAGUCCUUGACAUGACGUUAGAGAAGGACUCGAAGAAGGAUCAUCAUCAUCAUAAGCUUCCGCCGCAUCAUCAUCAUCAUCAUGGCACGGGCAAGCCAGAAACUGCAACGACAGAGGCCUCGCAUAACGUAAUCGAAGGACAUCACGAUAAUGUGGUGACCUGUUACGGUAAUGAAGAGAUCCGUGCGUUGAAGGAAGAGUUGGAGAUGGAGAGUAAAAUGAGAAACCAAGCUCAAUCUCGCUACACGGAACUCAACCAGCAAGUUCAGGACUUCAACUUUGACGCUGAAACCUUCAAGAAUAACCCGGAAUCCAAAUACGACUCCUUGAUAACGAAGCAAAAUUGCGUCAACGAUGCCUUGAGUAAUCAGGUGCAAGAAGCUCGCGAUAAACUCGCAAAAUUAUCGCAUUCCUUGAAGAACAUUGAAAUUUGCGGCAAAGAUUGUCAUUUAAGUAAUAAGGAUCUUUGCAUUCAUUACGAAUGCUUGAGUAAGAGUGAACUUACCAAGGAAAUAAAACGCCUCGAACGCAUGCAUAUCGACUUACGAAGCAAUCUUGACCGAUUGCAAUGGCGCCUGGAUUGUGAAGCCAAGAAUUAUUAUCACCUACUCGAUAACUACCAAAAGUUGCAGGUUGAGUUGUAUUACUUGGAGCAUUUGAGCGAGAAAUAUGCGUUGAACAACGAGUAAAAAUGAUCAAAAAAAAGUAGUUUUUAGCACCUUGCCUCCAAUAAAGUCAUUAUAUGUAAAAA